GCAGCUGCAGUCAAACCGUAACGUGAUUCCUCUGUUUGUCUCUGCUGCCCUGCCCCAAGUUAAAGGCCUGCGACUACUUCAACCCAUUUAUCGUCUCUGGAAGCAGACCAGGAGCAGCCUUCGUGCUUCACACUGCUAAUUUAACCCGGUAAAGUAAACCGGGGAGCCGAGAAAAGCGGCGUUUGGUCCACUCCUGGAGCAGUCACGUCGCUUUCGGCAUGCCUCUCCACAGCAUUUGGCCCCAGUGUAGGAUGUAUUCUUGGGUCUGAGGAAAAGACGGCGCGAUGGGCAACGAGGACGGCCUUGAAGAUGUUUUUGUUGCUGUCAUUCGUCCAAAGAGUCAAGUCAGCCUGAGCUCAAAGGAAUACAGAGCUAAGGCCUAUGAGAUCUUGUUGAAAGAAGUGCCUUUGGAAGGGAAGGAGAAGAAGAGAAAGAAAAUCCUUCUGGCAACAAAGAUCAAAGGAGGAGACAAAUCCAAAUCCAUAUUGGAUUAUGUUGACGAAACGAUCAGACCGAUCUCUAAUAACCAAGGCUUCAUAGGAAAGCGUGUGGUGCACAUGAAGAAAUUUACUCUUGAAGGGGACAAUGAAGGGAAACAGGCCUCUCUUUUUGUUGUACCAGUCAGUGUUAAAGACAACAGCAAGCCCAUCCAUAACCCUGGGAGCCCCAGUUUUUACUGCUUCCAGGAUAUCAUGCGGGUGUGCAGUGAAACCAGCGCUCACUUCUGUCCCAUCACCUCCAAAAUGCUCCUGGCCUUAGACAAGUGGUUAGCAGAGCAGCACACUGUACCUCACGCCAUCCCAGCUCUGUUCAGACCAGCACCCGUAGAGCGGGUGAAGACCAAUGUCAGCAACCCGGCCUAUAGCAGUGAAGGCAAACUGAGCGAGGAGGGUCUUCACAUGGGUUACACUGCCCUGGAGAUCAAGAGCAAGAUGAUGUCCCUUGAGAAGGCAGACAUGUGCAUCCUGAAUCCCCUCUAUGGAUCUGAUCUGCAGUACACCAACCGGGUGGACAAAGUUAUCAUCAACCCAUACUUUGGUCUUGGUGCACCAGAUUACUCCAAGAUUCAGAUCCCCAAGAGGGAGAAAUGGCAACAUGGCCCCAACUGUGUGACAGAAGACAAGGACCGCCAGUGGGUGGAUGACUUUCCUCUCCACCGCAGUGCUUGUGAAGGAGACACAGAUUUGCUUUCUAAGCUUCUGGACAGUGGUUUCUCAGUGAAGCAGCUGGACAGUGAUCACUGGGCUCCCAUACACUAUGCCUGCUGGCAUGGUAAAGUUGAGGCGACCAAGUUGCUGCUCGAGAAAGGUAACUGUAAUCCAAACCUGCUGAACGGUCAGCUCAGCUCCCCUCUGCACUUUGCAGCCAGAGGAGGCCAUGCAGACAUAGUGCAGCUCCUGCUGCAGCACCCUGAGAUCGACCGGCACAUAGAGGACCAACAGAAGAGAUCACCGCUACAAGUGUGUGAGGAGAACAAACAGAAUGAAUGGGAGGAGACGGUGAAGCUUCUGCAGCAAGCCAACACCAAACCAUAUGAGAAGGUGCGAAUCUACCGCAUGGAUGGUUCAUAUCGCUCCGUAGAGCUAAAACAUGGCAACAACACAACUGUGCAGCAGAUCAUGGAAGGCAUGCGUCUUUCUCAGGAGACACAGCAGUACUUCACCAUCUGGAUCUGCUCAGAAAACCUACACCUGCAGCUGAAGCCGUACCACAAGCCCCUGCAGCACUUGCGGAUCUGGACAGAGAUUGUGACAGACCUGACGGUGCUAGAUCCUCAAAGGGAGACACCUCAGCUGUUCCUGCGCAGGGACGUCCGACUGCCUCUUGAAAUUGAGAAAAAGGUGGAAGAUCCACUUGCCAUCCUCAUCCUGUUCGAUGAGGCCCGUCACUGUCUCCUGAAGGGCUUCUUUCCUGCACCAGACACCAAGCUGAUCACAUUGGCUAGCCUCCUCUUGCAAAUCAUCUAUGGCAACUACGAGAGCAAGAAGCACAAACAGGGAUUCCUAAAUGAGGAAAACCUGAAAUCAAUUGUGCCAAUAUCCAAAGUGAAAAGCAAAGCAUACCACUGGACCCACAGGAUCCUUCACGAAUACAAAGCCCUGAGCACCAGUGAGGGGGUGAGCAAAGAGAUGCACCACCUGCAGCGACUCUUCUUGCAGAACUGCUGGGACAUCCCAACUUAUGGAGCAGCUUUUUUUACAGGCCAGGUCUACACCAAGGCCAGUGCUAGCAACCACAAAGUCAUCCGUGUGUACGUCGGGGUCAACACGAAGGGGCUGCACCUCAUGAACAUGGAGACCAAGGUGCUUCUCAUCAGUCUGGAGUAUAGCACAUUCAUGUGGCAGCUCGGGCACGCUGACCAAUAUUUCCAGAUACACAGUGGCGACAACAAAAUGAACUUCAUCGUGCACACAAAACAGGCUGGCCUUAUUGUGAAGCUUUUAAUGAAACUGAGUGGACAGAUGACUCCAAAUGAUAAAGUCGCAACAGACAAAUAUGCCUACGGUUGAAAACUGUUGGAAGAGACCAGAGCUGCCAAACAUGUCAGUGCAGGUUCUUCAUACCGACCAUCAUCUAUCUAUCUGCAAUAACUCUGGACGGAGAGUUGGCCUCUCCACAAACGCCUCAUUUUUAUACAAGCUUGGAGAUGUUUUUCACAACUUUUGAACUGUGUAUUUUGAUGAGUCAUAUAUUUUGAUUGCAUGUAAAUAAGUUUAUUAUUUAAUGUUUGUUUGAAUAAACUGGCUGAUGUAUGUAG